AUGGGCUACGUUGUGGGACCCAUGAUCGGAGGCAAUCUAGCUAGACCGUCCGAACUGUAUCGGUGGAGUGGACCGGGUGAUAUAUUCGCAACAUACCCAUACCUUCUCCCCUGUCUCGUCGGCACGUUCCUUAUACUCACAACAACAGUUCUCAGCGCUGUCUAUCUCGAAGAGACGAACGAAAAUGUCUGCAGUCUAAGAGAGAACGAUGAACCCGUGGUAGAAGACGCCCAAGAAAGGACCCCGUUACUGAGAAGCCCUGCGGACGACGGAAAGAACCACCACGACUCAAUGUUCACGCAGUCUCUAGUCGCACUGAUGGUUAGCAUUCUCUUUAUGAGCUUGCACGCCAUCGCGUUUGACGAGCGACUCUCCGUGUUCCUCGCUUUCCCAUCCAAAUCCUCGCCUCCCGUCGGCCUCGGAUUCUCUUCGUCGCAAAUUGCGACCACACUCGCUUCAAUGGGCCCGGUGCUGCUUUUUGCCCAGCUUGUCGGGUAUCCAACGCUGGCCAAUCGUUUCCGGCCAUUGAUCCUGUGGCAAUGGUCUACUGUCACAUUUAUUGUGCUUUAUCCGAUUCUAUCACUGCUCCCGCAACUCACAGUCCCUUCGGUAGCACGUCCAGUGCUCUGGCUAGUCCUAUUCUCCCUUCUCAUGGGCAGAUUCGUCGCCAACGUGGUCGCAUAUACCAGCAUGGCCGUCAUGGUAGUCGCACCCUCACAUCCCAUACCCCCAUCUCAUCGCCACUAA